AUGGCUGUCUUCGGCUUUGACUCCUCCAAGAUAGAAGGUAUCGCGCCCUCGUCUGCUCAAGAACAAUCACUCAAACGCUUCGGUUUCGUCCCGCUGCCCAUUCCCGAGGGCUACUCACAUCUUGCCUCCCUCCAGGGGCAGAAAGCACAGCAGGACAACCGCGUCACACCGCCUGCCACCCAAAUUUCUGGUGUUAGACAGAUGCGAAACCCAACUACGCCAUCGACCCUUAUCAAGGGUAGCCCAGUCAGUUGCGUCUCAUCUUCUGGCUCUCGUCUACGUCGUUCCAGAGAGUGGGACAGCUGA